CCGAAAGGCAGAACUUAGUGUUUUGUUUUGUCUCAAAUUGCUAAAGGUGGGUGGCACCCUUUCUCCAACGCAAGUUGGCGCCCACGUGACCCCUGCGGACCAAUAGGGUGGACCUUUAGGUUUAACUAUGUUUAAUGUCAGAUAGCAAUAAACUAGAAGCUCUUGGUCAGGCCCGCGGAAAUGGGCGAACAUAAUCUCCUUAAUCCUGGGUUUGUGGGACCGUUGGUGAACAUCCAUACGGGAGACACCUUCUAUUUCCCCAAUUUCCGAGCCUCCGGAGGACAGCUGCCCGGCUUGCCGUCUCUCUCCUACCCAAGAAGGGACAAUGUCUGUUCUCUGCCCUGGGCAUCCUCAGAACCCUGCAACGGAUACCCCCAGCCCUAUCUCAGCAGCCCCGUGUCUAUUAACCCUUCCUUCAGCCGAGCCUGCGACCUAGCUAGAGUGGAAGAGAGCAAGUGCUACUAUAGGGAGGCGUGCUCCGAGAACGCUCCCCUCAAAAGGGAAGAGAGGGUUAGGGACAAUGCCUUGAUGCCUCUCGAAUCGGGGAUCCCCAAUGGAAUGAGCGGCAGUUUCGGCAAAUUUGACUAUCCGGCUCCCGAGGCGGUGCCCCACGAUCCCCCCUCUUGUCAGUCUUUGGAGUCAGACUCCAGCUCCUCCUUACUCAAUGAAGGCAAUAAGGGCGCCACCAGCGAGCCGUCCACAAUGGUUUCCCCUAUCAACCAAGGAAGCAAUCUUUCCGCUGGGGGUGCUCCCUGGUACCCGAUGCACACAAGGUCCCGGAAAAAGCGAAAACCCUAUUCUAAACUACAGCUAGCGGAGCUGGAAGGGGAGUUUAUGGUCAAUGAAUUCAUUACUCGCCAAAGAAGGAGGGAGCUUUCAGAUCGGUUAAACCUGAGUGACCAGCAGGUGAAGAUCUGGUUCCAGAACCGGCGUAUGAAAAAGAAAAGACUCCUCCUGAGAGAGCAAGCCCUUUCCUUCUUUUAAAGUUCAGACAAGUCGGCUAUCGGGUAAAAA